UCGCGAACAUUUUCCAACGGAUACAGUCGAUAUUUUCCCGAAAUAGAAAAUAAAACAAAUUGUGAAAAAAAUCAAAGAUCGGUUGGUGCAACAACAUUAAAUAAAAUAUUUCAAUUCAAUAAGAGAAAUUUUUACCAUGUGAAGGAUAUUAUGGCGAACAAAUUAUUUUUUAAAAAACAUUGGAAACCACCAUUUCUAUAUCUGGAGUAUUGUAUAAUAAUUUGUAUACUUUUUAUGUUUAACAUCAGCAUCUAUGCCCAAAACACCAGCAAUGAGAAUACUACAGAUGAUAUCGAAAUACAAGUGGAAAAGACCCCAAAUAGUUUGACGUUUGCUGUAGUUGACAAAGAAAAAUAUGAAUUACAAAAUGUAACAUGCAGAAAUAUAAAAAAUGUUGAAACCGUUGGAAAUGAUAAUCAUAUUUGUUUAGGUCUUGAUCCAUGUUCCACGUAUCUGGCUGUGCUAACAAUAAAACAAUUAAAUGAAGAAAAUCAACAAAUGAUUGAAAUAACAAGGGACGAAAAAACUGAAUACGAAGAACCGGUAGUGUUGAUUGAUAAUAUAGCGACAGCGACUGAAUCCAUAAAUAUUACUUGGACAACUGAAUAUCGUACAUGUGUUCUUAAUUACCAAGUUGAAGCGGUGACAGCUGGUAAUACGUUUCAGUCCACUUUAGCGAAUGAUAUAAAUUUUCAACUAUUUGAAUCAUUAAGUCCCUGUCGGGAAUAUACAAUUACAUUAAAAACAUAUAAUGUAAACAGUACGCUGAUUUCAACACAAACAAAUAUAAGCACGACCGAAUAUGAAGAACCGGGAAAUGUAACCCUAAGUAUCGUUCCUUAUGAAAAUGCUCAAAUUAAAGUGACAUGGGGACCGUUGACACAUACGACUUGUGUUAAGUAUUAUUACUUGAAAUGGUUUAUUAAAGAUUGCAAUGCGACCGAGGCAAACACUUCCAAUAUCAACAAUCACUUGGAUGAUUCCGGCGAAGGCGGUAAUGGCACCACACCUUUACCAGAUGAAAAUAAUACACAAUGCGAGUGGCACGCAAAUCUUACAGAGGCAGCUACAAACGAUUAUGUAAUCGGUGGUUUGGAGGGAUGCGAGGAUUAUGGAUUUCAAAUCUAUAUAAACAGUAAUGAAACCAUCAAAUCGGAGCAAACAUUUGUAUCACCUGAACAAGUACCCAGCGCCGUUUCAAUUAUAUCGACUGAUAUUGGAAACUCUUAUAUUUCACUAAGUUGGAAUCCACCAAUUCAUCAUCGAAAAUGUGUUAAAGAUUAUCAUGUUGAAAUAAAAGGACCUCAGCAAAGACCGGCAUUUCUACCGACGCCGAAGAACACCUACACCGAAGAUACAUAUACCAUAUUUGAUGAUUUAGAUCCGUGUGGUAAAUACAACUACACCAUUACUCCUCGCUCUAGAAAUGAAUCCCUGGGUGAAGCGUUUUCUGAAAAAUUUGAAACUCUCGAAGGAAGACCGUCGGCUGUGCAAUAUGUUACGAUCGUUUCUCGACCUUUAACUUUAAAUAUUUCAUGGGAACCUCCCGCGUAUGCAGAUUUGUGUUUGAAUGUUUACCGCUUAUGCGGAUGGGAUGAUGAGAACAAUUUUAUUCCACAAUUUGAUAAAUCUACCCCAAAUACAUCUAUAUUCAUUGAAGGCCUAAAAUCGUGCAUGACAUAUACAAUUCAAAUAAUUCCAACUACAAAGUCAAUGGAUGGUGAGCUUUUGCAUAUUGAAGAAGAAACUUCCUCCAUGGUAGCUUCAGCUCCUGAAGUCCAAAUGAUGGGUGUCUAUCCCGAAAGGUUUGCAAUUAGUGCACGUGAAACAGAUGUAAAUAACAAAUGUGCAACAAUAUUUGCGCGAAUUAUUUGUUUAGCCCGUACACCAGCACCAAUUACGGUUGCAGAGAAAUACGUCAAAGGUCAAUUGGUAAUUCUUUUUAAUGCCGAAAUAGGACCUCUAUCACCUUUUACCGAAUAUGUGUGCAACACUUCAUUCUUUAAUAUUGCCGGUUGGUCUGCUAAUAAGACAUUUGUGCAAAAGACUGAAUCCUACUUUCCUAACAAACCACAGCAGCUGAGCGUUAAAACCCAAACAAAUUCUUCACUAUCAUUCACAUGGACUCCUCCGGUUUAUCCAAAUGGCAUUAUUAGUUUAUAUAUUUUGUAUUUUCAAUAUGUGGAGGCAGGAUAUAGUAUUCCGAGCAGAUGCACCGGCUAUUCAUCCGAUCCUGUUAGUCGAGAAUCAUCGGUGUUGGAAUUAUUAUUUAAUGAUUUAAGACCUUACACCAGAUACAGUAUACAAGUAGCAGCUAAGAAUGAGUUUGGCAUUGGGGAGUAUACAGCGCCAAAUGUAGUUACCACUAAACCGUGGGUUUCCGAUCCAAUAACAAAUUUAAAAUCAUCGCCAAAUGGUCCGUCCGAAACAGAUUCCGACUAUAAGGCGUAUGUGAUUUUAAGCUGGUACUUACCUUGCAAAUCGAAUGGUAUCAUUGAAUAUUUUAUGUUAGAAUUUACGGGAGGUCGUACAGAUUACGAUACCGUGCACUUCCAAAGAGAAUUUAAAGCAGAAUUUACAAAUGAUGGAGUUAUUACAUUCAAUGAGACAAAUUUAAGACCCGAAUACAGUUACGAUGUUUCAGUUUCUGUGAAAACAAAAGAUGUUGAUAUUUUCAGUGUAGCUGUAAAAGAUAAAUUUGAGGCACCAGCUGGAAUUCCUUUUAAACUGGAGAUCGCCGAUAUAAAUAAAUCGCGUGUUGAGGCCUAUGAAAAUAGUAAUCCAUCUAAAACGGCCAUAGUACGUUUCCCUGCUGAUAUCUUAGAAUCCGACUCGGGAACAAUUAUGUAUGUGGCAUUAUUAUUGUCACAAAAGGAUUGCGAUAAAGUACAACUGAAAUAUGGUGCAAUGAAUACAAUUUUAGAAUGGCCUACAACAAAAUCAUGGAACAAUGUUUAUGAGGAUAAAAAUUCAGAUUGCAUUACACAAUACCAAACCACUCAGGCACACUGGAACCCACGUUCUAGGAGAUCUGCAUCAAGUACCGAAAUAGAGUUUGUGAUUGGAACUGAAGAUUGUAUUGGCUCAUCUAGUGCAUAUUGUAAUGGUCCUCUCAAGCCAGAUACCGAGUACAGUUUAGUUAUUCGUUUGUUUACGAAGUCGGGAUACAAUGAUGCCGCUGUACUGGAAUUUAGAACAGAUGCUUUAAUUGAAUUGACCAUUAUAUUAGCAAGUGUUUCCAGUUGUUUGUUAUUGGCUUUUGUAGCUGGCUUUGUCUAUCUAUGGGUGACAAAACGAAUUAAAUGGCAACGUGAAUCCUGUCAUGGCAUAGAGGACUCAUUUGGUGAUAUAAUAGCUAAAAACUUUGCUAUUUUCUAUCGUGAUCUUUCGAAGCCAGACAAAAUUGCACGCGAAUUCAAAGAGUUAACGGCCGUUGCUUUGGAUCUAAGUUACUCCGCUUCUGAAAUGGGUUACAACAAAAAUCGUUAUGCCGACAUUUUCCCAUAUGAUAAAAAUCGCGUCAUUUUGGAUAUCGAUGCGGAUGGAUCCGAUUAUAUCAAUGCUUCGUUUAUAGAUGGCUAUAGGAGGCGUAAAGAGUAUAUUGCAACUCAAGGCCCUAAGCCAGAAAGCACUAAAGAUUUCUGGCGUAUGGUGUUGCAACAUAAUGUUAGAGUUAUUGUGAUGGUCACCCAGUUUCGAGAAGGCGAUCUUAUAAAAUGUCAUGAAUAUUUUCCCUUAAAAACAAAAGGCAUCAAUGUCAUCGUCAAGAAAAAAGAUUCAUUCGAUCUGUAUGAUCGCACUGAGCUGUCGGUUACACAUGAAACAUUUGGGCUGAAACAAAAAGUUGUACAUUUUUAUUUUAAAAAGUGGCCAGAUCACGGUUGUCCCACUGAUCCCACACAUUUAAUCACAUUCAUACGCAAAGUUAAGGUAGAAAAAGUACCCAGUUACUCGCCCAUUGUUGUCCACUGCAGUGCAGGUGUCGGCCGCACUGGUACAUUCAUUGGUCUCGACAUCAUUAUGCAGCGUCUCAAGAACGAAUCAAAAAUUAAUAUUUACGAAACCGUUAAGAAAUUACGUUUUCAGCGCAUGAAAAUGGUACAGACUUUAGCCCAGUAUACGUUCCUCUAUACCUGUGCUUACGAACUGGUAAAACAUAAAAACACCCGUUCCAUUCUCAAGGAGGAUGCCAAAACGCAAAAGAAAGUUAGCUUUGAAAGUGAUCCCGAAAGCAAUUCGAGUGGAACCCGAAAAAUUAGUGACAUCUCUCGUAACGAAUCGGAUAUGAGUUCAAUCCUCAGUGAGAAUCCAAGUGCAAUUGAAAGAUCUAAUCGUAACACAAUUGGCCCCACGAUUCCAAUUAGAUUUAGUAGUAUUAUUAAAGAAUCAAAUAACAAUCCCGAUAAUAAUGAUAACGAUGAAAGUUUCAUGUAAAUUUAUGUGUAUAUGUAUGAAAUAACUAUUUUUUAUUGUAAAUAUUUACUUUUAAUUAUACAUUUAUACUUAUGUACUCGUACAAACAUAAUAAACAAUAAUCCGAUGGAAUGGUAAUGAUGUCUGUCUUGCAA